AUGAGACUACUUCUCUCUGUGGCUCUGUGCUUUGCACAGGUUGUUGCGGGCCUCACACCCGCUGAAUGGCGCAGCCAGUCUAUCUAUUUUCUUCUCACGGACCGUUUUGGUCGUAACGACAAUUCCACCACCGCAGCGUGCGAUGUUAGUGAUCGAGUCUACUGUGGGGGAAGUUGGAAGGGAAUCAUCAAUCAUCUGGAUUAUAUCCAAGGAAUGGGAUUCACUGCAAUCUGGAUCACACCAGUGACUGAGCAACUGUCACAAGACACUGGAGAUGGAGAGGCUUACCACGGAUACUGGCAGCAGAAGAUAUACGAUAUGAACACCAACUAUGGCGCCGCUAAUGACCUCCUUGCGCUGUCAAAGGCACUGCAUAAUCGUGGAAUGUAUCUUAUGGUAGAUGUUGUGGCCAACCAUAUGGGAUAUGAUGGAGCAGGCAACACGGUUGACUACAGUGUUUUUGACCCCUUCGACUCGUCCUCCUAUUUCCACUCAUACUGUCUCAUCAGUAACUACGAUAAUCAAACCAAUGUAGAGGAUUGUUGGCUCGGUGACACUACAGUAUCUCUCCCAGAUCUCAACACCGAGUUGUCAUCUGUUCAAAAACUCUGGUAUGGAUGGAUUUCGAAUUUAGUCUCGAACUAUUCCAUCGACGGGCUGCGCAUCGACACCGUGAAGCAUGUCCAACAGUCUUUCUGGCCCGGUUACAAUCAUGCUGCAGGUGUAUACUGUGUGGGAGAGGUCUUGAGUGGGGACCCGGCAUAUACCUGCCCAUAUCAGAACUAUCUCGAUGGUGUUCUGAAUUACCCAAUUUAUUACCAACUGCUCUACGCGUUUGAGUCUCCCAGUGGGAGCAUCAGCGGCCUGUAUAAUAUGAUCAACUCGGUAGCUGCAGACUGUGCCGACCCAACUCUGCUUGGAAACUUCAUCGAAAACCAUGACAAUCCACGAUUUGCAUCUUAUACGAGUGACUACUCUCAAGCAAAGAAUGUCAUAUCCUUUGUGUUCUUGUCCGAUGGGAUUCCAAUCGUAUAUGCGGGACAAGAGCAGCACUAUAGUGGAGGCAACGACCCCAACAACCGCGAAGCCACCUGGCUAUCAGGCUAUUCGACCACAGCUGAGCUCUAUGAGUUUAUCGCUACUACAAACAAGAUCCGCAGUCUUGCGAUCUCUUCAGAUUCCUCCUAUAUCACGUCAAAGAAUGAUCCUUUCUACUCGGACAGUCAUACACUGGCUAUGAAAAAGGGCUCAAGUGGUUCGCAAGUCAUCACAAUCCUUUCAAACUAUGGCUCCUCGGGUAGCUCCUAUACUCUGACUCUGAGUGGAAGCGGAUACUCUUCAGGGACGCAACUCAUGGAACUGUAUACUUGCACUUCUGUGACGGUUGACUCGAGCGGCAACCUUGCAGUUCCCAUGGCUUCAGGCCUGCCUCGAGUUUAUAUGCUAGCGUCUUCUGCCAGCGGCAAUGGUCCUUGUGCAACCGGAUCAACGACUACUGCUACAUCCACAUCCACAACGGCCACAACAAAAACAGCCACUUCAGUCAGUUCAUCGACGCAUUCAUCGACUUCAACCAAGACUUGCACACAAGCCACUGCCCUGCCAGUCCUCUUCAAAGAGAUUGUGACCACCGUUUAUGGAGAAAGUAUCUACUUAUCUGGCUCAAUCAGUCAAUUAGGGGAUUGGAAUACCGCCGAUGCUGUCGCUCUCUCUGCAGACGAGUACACAUCUUCCAAUCAUCUGUGGUAUGUCGAGGUGACACUCCCAGUCGGCACCUCCUUUGAAUACAAGUUUAUCGAAAAGGCCGGGUCCUCGGUGACUUGGGAGAGUGACCCGAAUCGGUCAUACACAGUGCCAACAGGCUGUUCGGGAACUACUGCAACUGUAACUGCAACAUGGAGAUAG